AGCUCGCCUCAUUGGGACGCCAUGGCGACGUCGCCGGCGACGCAGGCCUGGCUACUUGUGGCAUCCGAGGGUCGCCAAGGCGAGUAGCCAUGGCAUCUCGACAGUCAGUUCGUGCCAUCUCUCAAGAAUGGACGCAGAAGAAAUUGCACUUCUUUGUUAUAUACGUCGCAGAAAAAUGAAAAAAGAAAAGAAAAAAAAGAAACUAUGGGUUAAUCCUUUUAUAUCUGAUCGAAACCGAAGUGGCAUUUUUUUUAAACUGUAUGGUGAUUUACGAAAAUCUCCUGAAAAGUUUUUCAAUUACACAAGAAUGUCAAUAGCAUCUUUUGACGAAUUAUUAAACUUAUGUAGAAACGAUUUAACUAAACAGGAUACGAUAUUUAGAAAAUCGAUUAGUGCGGCAGAAAAACUAUUUGUGUCAUUGAGGUAUUUUGCGUCAGGAUGUUCACUCAUGGAACUUUACUACAACUACAGACUCGGUCAUACAACAAUUUGCACAAUAAUUAGAGAAGUAUGUAGCGUUAUAUGUCAAUAUUAG